GAGGGAGAGAGGGGGGAGAAGAGAGAGAGAGAGAGAGAGAGAGAGAAUCAUUAUUCUCAUCAUAUCAUAAGAGAGAGCUCCUUUUUGAAAAUCAAAACGAAGGUAAACCAAACCCCAGCAGAAAGAUAGAUCCAUCCAUCUCUCUCUCUUCUCUCUCUCUUCUCUCUCUCUCUCUCUCUCUCUCUCUCUCUCUGUGUUUGUGUCUGUAAGAAACAUCCGAGGAGAUAAGAGACUCUCUGACAAGGAUGAAUAUGUCCGGUGAUCCUUUCUCCCUGCCCGCCUCCAUCGCCGGCUUCUCUGCUGAAGAGCCCAACACAAACCCUAACCCUAAACCUACCGCUUCUUCCACUUCGGGAGCCAAGAAGAGGAGGAAUCUAGCUGGGACACCAGUAGAUCCAGAUGCCGAGGUUAUCGCCUUAUCGCCGAAGACACUCAUGGCCACCAACAGAUUCAUCUGCGAGAUAUGUAACAAAGGGUUUCAGAGGGAGCAAAACUUGCAGCUUCACCGGAGAGGUCACAACCUCCCAUGGAAGCUGAAACAAAGGACCAACAAAGACAUCAUAAGGAAGAAGGUCUACAUAUGCCCCGAGAAGACAUGCGUGCACCACGACCCAUCAAGGGCUCUUGGAGACCUUACCGGAGUCAAGAAGCACUAUAGCCGGAAGCACGGAGAGAAGAAAUGGAAGUGCGAGAAGUGCUCGAAGAAGUACGCGGUUCAGUCGGACUGGAAAGCUCAUUCAAAGACUUGUGGAACUAGAGAGUACAAGUGUGACUGCGGCACCCUCUUUUCCCGGAGGGAUAGUUUCAUCACCCAUAGAGCUUUCUGCGAUGCAUUAGCGGAGGAGAGCGCAAGAUUUACUACAGUGACACCUGCAAAUCUUCAUUUUAGAAACGAUGCCACCUCCAUUGUGAAUGCACAGUCUGGUUUACCCCACGGAUUUGGAAAUCGAGGGGCACAAGAUAUUGCUGGACUUAACCAAUUAGGUUCCAUCUUGAGGCCCGACUCCGGUGGUAUGCCUCUUGUGGGAAAUUCUCUUGGCGCAGUUCAACAGCAGAAAUCAAGAUUAUCACUGUGGUUGAAUCAGGGGAAUCCGCAACUCAGUAAUCCCGGAGAAAUUUUGCCUAGUUCUAAUCUUUUCGGGUCGUCGUCCAGCUCGACAGGACUACCGGAUAUGCUUCAAAUGGGAUCGGCUAAUAAUAUCUUCGGCUCGUCUUCAUUGCCUAGCUUCGGAGGCUACAACCACUUUCCAAGUGUCAGCGGUGGACUAAGUGCAAACCUAAGCUUAUCCCCUCUAAAGGAAGAAGUUGGAAGCAAGGGCAGCAUAGUCGAAACCCCUACUGCUACUUAUGAUUGUCCUAACACGCAGUUGAAACCAGACAUGUCGGCUACGGCUCUCCUGCAAAAAGCAGCACAGUUGGGCUCCACGAGGAGCAACCCAUCAUCGAUCUUCGGCAAUACGUUCGGGGUAAUGAUGAGCCCCCCGUCCAGUGCAAGCACCUCGGGAUUCAACUCGCUGAUCCAUCAAAAUCGGAUGAAUGAUUACGACCAACAGCUGCCCCAUCUCAUUCCGAACAUGACAAAGCUGCCGGACAAUUUCGGUAGCAGCCACUCCAACCUUAGCUCGAUAACAAGGACCUCGAGCGGCCUAGACCAAGCUCAGCUGAAACUGCACCAGGGCUCGAACAGCACCGACCACAGCAGCCUGACCAGGGACUUCCUCGGCAUGAGCGGAGAAGCCGGCGGGCCACCGUUCUCGCCCCAGGACCUCGCUAAGCUGGCCUCCAUGAGCUCGGCCAUGGGGUUGAGCCAGUUCAACGGCAACAACUAAUAAACCACGUACGUGCUCCGCACUCGCUACUUAGUUUCAAUAAGUGACUCUCUACUGCGAUCGACAAUGGCUACGCGUAAUUUACCGCAUGGGCAAAAGGAUCGGAUGCGCGGGAUAAUUAUCUGUUUUUAACUUAGCUGGCGAGGGGCUGCCCGUGAAUGGUCAGUGAGGAUGGGGGGCCCGCAAGCUGCAUGUCCGAAAAGGCUAAGCAAGUGAUGGAAGGGGGAAGUAUGAGUCAUGCAUGUUCUCGUUCGUUGUUAUUUCUUUUGGGUAAAUAUGUCCCUCGUGUUGUUUUAUGUGCUGUCUUACUCUUAUAUCGAUUCCCUAUCUUUCGAAGUUCUCCACAGUCUCUCUCUCUUUAAUUUUCUUUUUCUUUUUUCUUUUUUAAUUUAAUUUAAUUUUCUUUCUCUUAGAUUAGAUUUUUUUAAAAAAAAGAGUAAAAAAAAAGAAAAAAGAAGAAGCUAGCACAGAGAAGCAGAGGAGAAGAAGACUAGGCGAGGACGGUCGUUGACCAGCCGUCAAAGGAAGUCCGGCAGGCUGUCUCCGUGACAUUGGCGUCAACGUUGGCGAAGAAAAGAUGUAACGACCGUUCGAGCAUUAAUCAUUGUCUGUCGAUCCGCAUAUUGUUUGUUUCCCACUCCCUCCUUUUUUUUCUUUUUUUUUUUUGAGGAUUCAACUGCUCACUCACUUAUAAUAUGGGGAGACUCAUUCCAUUUUCCCUCUGCAUUGAGAUUA